UCAGUUAAUAAUACGCACGCUAGGUGUAGAGCAUGAUAUGAUGGAUUAAUAUCCCCCUUUUGCCUUUCGAUCGAUAUAUAUUGGGCCAAACACUAACCUCUUAUCCUCCUUUCCUCUCCGUCUCUCUCUCUCUCAGCUCGAUCCCCCCACUUGCGCGCACCCCGGUCUGAGCUCCUUUUCGCGCGAGGAAGCAGCUAACCACUGAACUUGCACUCGUGCUCGCCUUAACUAGCUAGUAGCUAGCUGCAGACAGCUGCCCUAGCUAACCAGCUAGCUAUGCGGAGGAGGAGGGCGGCGGUGGCGAAUUGAGCGGUGGGCAUGAGCAGAUACGAGAGCGGCGGCCAUGUCCAUGGCGGCGCCGCGGUGGCAGCUGGAGGCGGGGGCAUGACUAUUAAAGAGGGUGUCGGCGGCCGAGACGCGCACGAGGACGACCUGGUGAUGCCGGGGUUCCGGUUCCACCCGACGGAGGAGGAGCUCAUCGAGUUCUACCUCCGGCGCAAGGUGGAAGGCAAGCGCUUCAACGUCGAGCUCAUCACCUUCCUCGACCUCUACCGCUACGAUCCAUGGGAGCUCCCAGCAAUGGCGGCGAUUGGGGAGAAAGAGUGGUUCUUCUACGUGCCGAGGGACCGCAAGUACCGGAACGGAGACAGGCCGAACCGGGUGACGGCUUCUGGGUACUGGAAGGCCACGGGGGCCGACAGGAUGAUCAGGGCGCCGGAGAACAACCGGCCGAUAGGGCUCAAGAAGACUCUCGUCUUCUACUCCGGCAAGGCGCCCAAGGGCGUCCGCAGCAGCUGGAUCAUGAACGAGUACCGCCUCCCCACUGCAGACACCGACCGAUACCACAAGACUGAGAUCUCCCUCUGCCGCGUCUACAAGCGCACCGGCAUAGAUGACGGACACGGCCAGCACUUCUCGGCACGGUCGACCAUGGCCGCCAGAGGCCGCGGUGCCACGGCACGACAGGAUAGCAAACAAGGGUCAUCCUCGACCUCUACACCCACGCCGCCCCAAACUCCGUCCAAGCUCCACCUCCUCCAAGCAGGCGAGUGCACGUCGCCGCUGGUGACGGAUCACGCCCAGACGCACAGGCCGGCGCCAGCUCCAAGGCAGCAGCAGCUAGCCACCGCAAAGCCAUGCGGCGGCGGUCUAGGAUACCUGCAGUCAGCAGCGGUGGCUGCUGGUCAUCAGCAAGAGGCAGCCGCGGCGUUCCUGUACCAGCAGUACUCCAAGAACACAAACACCUUCACCUCCACGUACUCGCUGCUCAACCUGGUGAACGCGGCUUCAAUGGGCAGCGCCUCCGCCGCGGCCAUCGACGAGCUGAGCACGCUGGUUGGCCACGGCGCCGGCCAGCUGCCAUCCUACCAGAGCCCCACGGCCGCUGGUGGCCACCACCACGACCACUUCGUCGUUCCCCUGCCGACGCCGUCGUCGCAACCAAUUACGCCGCUGGGGACGCUGCCGAUGUCCCUGGCCGCCAUCUCCGACAAGAUCUGGGACUGGAACCCGAUCCCCGAUGCCGGCACGGGCAGAGAUUACGGCAACGCCGGAUUCAAGUGAUGGAUCAAGGAAGUGCAUGCUCGGCAACCGCCACAGUGCAUGCUCCCGUGCAUGGCUAGCUGUGCGCACAUUCUGAUUCCAAAUGGUACCACCAUGUACACAAUAUCUCUCUCUGUCCACAGUUUAUUCUUCCAAGCAAACGAACAAUAGACCAUUAUACCAUUCUUAACUAGUGCAUAGAACAUAGUACCUUCUUUCUCACUUAGUACAAUCAAGAAUUCAGGAUAGAUAUUUUGUAAUUCCUAAUGAGCUUCAUAUCAUCGAUGUGACUGCCUACAUUGAGUUACUUUUAUCAGGAUACAUGUGUUAGUACUC